UUCCCCGCCGCCACAACCGUUCGCCGGUCCACCGCGGUCGGUACCUGUUUCGCCGGUCGUCGUGCGCGCUGCUCCUCGCGUCUUGUAAAAACGAUUUUCCCUCCGCAUCCCCUCGUCAAAGGUGCUCGCAAUUUUCCGAUUUUUUUUCCCGGUUUCCACCGUGUUUCGUGAAAGUAUUGGUCUAGAGGUUUACUACACCUUCCGCGGGGCCGCCGAGCGCGUGUAACUCCGCAGCCGCCGGACCAUCUGUCGUCGAAAAACCAUGGAAAACUCCGGAGACGCGACGACGUGACCCACCGAAUCCACUGUCGCUGCCGCCGCCACCACCAUGUACUCGGCGCGAAAUCGGAACGCCAUGAUCACAGACGAUACUUUUCAAAUACAAGACUGGCUGCGGUCAAACGGCAACCAUGACCGAGGCUACCCGGAGUUUGAUUACCACCAUAGGAUCCGCCCUCUUUCACCAGUUAAGAGGCACCGGAUCUCCACUAUUACCGACGGGAGAGUACCGGACCGUCGGAGACAGCUCAAGUCAAUGGAAUCGCUGUUGGGAUUGAGCGAUGAAAACUUAAACGGCAAAUAUCUGAAUUCCGAGGCUGUUACGAGAGCAUCCCCGGAUGUGCAGGACUCUCUGGAUAGGGCUUUAAUGGACUUUGAAGAGACCCUUGAAUUGGCGUUUCAGUCAAACUCUAUUGUUCCGCCACCUAGAGGAUUUUCCAAUCAAAACUUGGUUGAAGGUGAUGAAUCGAAUUUCAAUAAGCUUGACAGUAGCUUUGAGAGCAAUACGACAACUGGCAGUAGUGGUUAUUCCACCAAGCCUGAUCAAUCCAUGCAUCGGUCUCUAAACACUUAUAACGAGCUCCAACUCAUCAGGGAACAAAUGGUGAAGAGCUUGGAGAUUAUCAAAGAUUUAGAAGAACAGGUUAAACUGGUGCCUAUGCUUAAGGCGCAGGUAUCCUCAUUGAAUUUGGAAAAACAGCGCCUAUCCUCUGAAUUAGAAAAACACAAAACAUUUGAGAACACAAAUAAAUAUGCAACAGUCGGUAGUGGAUGGUCUUUGUCGGCGUCUCCGGCUAACAGGCGCGUAGCCGUGUCCACCAAAGAGGUGGGCAUCAAUUGCGUACCCAUGUGCCGGGACGUAGGAGUGACGACACCGUCGGCCACGUCCGUGAACACGUCCACAAUGACGGAACGGCCUCCAUCCGGGGCGGCCGUGCACACCCAGACGGACGCCGCUACCAAGACGGCCACAAUUGCAACGCACACCCAGACCAAGGACGUCGUAAAGCCGGCCACCUCAGUGGCACACACUCAGACUACGGCGGUCACCGACGUCCAGCCGGCCACUGUAGUAGCGGCGGAGGUGAUUGCUGUAACGGCGACAACAACGGCAAACGUCGGCACACAGUCUUCCAGGCCGGCGGCCGUCAGGACAACCACGGUCGGUGUAACAGCCAGGCCGCGGACGUACGACGCCAGCGUGGCCGCGAAACCGACGCUCAAACACGUCGGGUGUUCGGCUGACGUAUCGACGGAUGCGAAACCAGCCGCGGCACCGGUGACGCGCGCCACCCAGACGGACGCCAGAGACGACCGAAGCGGCCAUAAUCGCACCACGCAAACGGAAGCCGCGGCUGUUCCGGAAAUUGCCGCCAUCCGGGCAAAUCCAACGGAAGUCGCUUCCACUCUGGCUCAUCCAACGGGAUCUGCGGUCGCCCGGCCUAAUUACGCAACGAUCGGCCGACGGAGCAAUUCGUUCCAUCAUUACACGGCGGGUGGUGCCUCGGACACGACAACGUCGUCGGUCACGUCCAAGAUACCUCGUCUGAAGCCCGUCACUCCCGAAUUCAACCGGAAAGUGUUGACCAGACAGGACACGUACACCAAGACCGCGGCCGAGAUCUGCACCGACGAUCUGCAACAGCAACCGUCAUUGUCGUUGUCACCGCCGCCGCCAUUACGCGUGACCGAUGACGUCAGCAGAUCUAAAGAAUCAAUGUCGUCAACACCAGAACUUCAAAAUGGGCUUCCUGAGUCGGAUAUGAAUUUCCAACCCAUCCAGGAUGAAUUGUACAAGGAUAGUCCUAGCAAAGAAAUGAAGGGCGCGUUGAAAGUACUCAACGAUUCUCUGAAGAAAACGUCGGCCACGCUAUUGCCCAGAACACAAUUGAAACAAGCCAUCGAUAUUGUCCGAGAAGAAUGGUUCAAGGUGACGAGCUCGAGCAAUUGCGGUGGCCAACUCGUAAAGAAUUAUGUAAACUGGUUCACUUCAUACUCACCGGUCUUGCUGGAAUUCAUAAUCAACAUGACAGAUGCUGCGGGCAACACCGUACUGCAUUAUUCGAUUUCCCACGGAAAUUUCGACGUUGUGUCCACCAUACUGGAUACGGGCGUCUGCAAUGUCAACUUGACAAAUGACGCGGGCUAUUCAAGCGUCAUGCUAGUCUCGUUGGCCGACAUAAAAAAUGACGACGAGAUGAAAAUCAUCACAAGACUGUUCAAAUGUGGCGAUGUCAACUUACAAGCUAAAAAACAUGGUCAGACGACAUUAAUGUUGGCAGUUUCACACGGUAAAUCAGAAGUGGUGAAAUUACUUUUAGAAUGCGGAGCCAACCUAAACAUGCAAGAUGAAGACGGAAGUACCGCCUUAAUGUGCGCGGCCGAACACGGUCUUCAGGACAUCGUUAAUAUACUGUUGGCUUGUCCGGAAUGUGACGUGUCCAUCGCAGAUAACGACGGAAGUACGGCACUCAGUAUUGCCAUGGAAGCGGGACACAAAGAAAUCGGGAUAGCACUGUAUGCCAAACAGCAUAUACUGUCCCGAGAAAAUUCACCGUUCAAUUUGUCGAAAUCGAAGCGGUCGAGAAGCGCGAACACCGUGAUGCCGUCGAAUAACAUGACUUACUCGCAUUUGUCGUUAAAAAAAUCACCGAGUUUGCAGCCUAAGGAAUACGCCACGCUUUCUUCCAUGCUGAAAACGCGGAUUCCUUAACAUAUUAUAAACCAGUAAAAUAAUAAUAUGUUUUUUUUUAUCAUCGACCAAUGUACCUACGCUUGAAGUUGUUUUUAUUUUUGUAAUAAUAUUAUUGUACUGCGCCGCACGUGUUUUGCUGUUCUGGCGGUUUAAUAUUAAUUAUGUUUUUUAUUUUAUAAAAUAACCUCGUAAAAAAUGCCGAAAUAUAUAACUGUGGUUAAUAAUGGUCACUGAUUAGCAUCUAAGCAGUAAGCUAUUCUUUUUUAUUAUUACAUAAUAAUAAUAUGUGCAGAUGUAAUAUUAUGUUAUUUUACGUUUACCCAUUAGGCAAUAACACAACAAUUUUAAAAACAACAAAUCUAUACCUAUUGUUAUCAUCAAAUAUUUAAAAGAAAAAAAAGAAAAAUAUGAUGAACCUAGUAUAAUAAUUGUUUUUCUUAUGCCAUGUUAUUUCCAUAACAUUUAAGUUUGUUUGGCCAUGGUAGCUUUAUUCAUAGGAACGCUUCAUUAUUAUUCUGUCCAGAAACAAUUAAAUAAUUUGCUGUUAGGACUGGCCCAAGAGUUCUUGGAAAUCAAGUGCUUAUAUUAAUAAUUUUAAACAUUUUAAACCGACAGUAAUAUUGUAUUAUAUUUUGUUGAGUAGCGCUAAGUCUUUUUAUUGUUUUAAUUUUACAAUACCUAAUAAUUUUGAUAAAUAAUAGAUUAAUCAACUACUAUCCGUAUAUUCAUAGCCAUAGUCUGGGCAUCCCGGAGUUAAUAAUAUAAUACAAAAUAUUUUAUUAUUUGAUAUAAA